AUGGCAACAUGGGGAGCAAAGGCACUGAAGAAUAUGCUAAUAGUGCCCCCAGGGUCAGGGAUUGUGCAUCAGGUCAAUCUGGAGUACCUGGCUCGGGUCGUGUUCCAGUCGGACGAUGCUUCUUCUCCGUUGCUUUUCCCCGACUCCCUUGUUGGCACAGAUUCCCACACGACCAUGAUCAAUGGACUGGGGGUUUUUGGAUGGGGAGUUGGAGUUGAAUCCGGUGAUAUUUCAGGAAUAGAAGCUGAAGCAGUGAUGCUAGGGCAGUGCAUCUCCAUGGUACUGCCUCCUGUGGUGGGCUAUCGCAUAGUCGGACAUCUGAAUCCCCUGGCCACCGCGACUGAUGUCGUGCUCACCAUCACGAAGCACCUGAGAGAAGUGGGAGUCGUGGGGAAGCUGGUCGAGUUCUUCGGGCCUGGAGUGGCAUCCUUAAGCAUCGCAGACAGGGCGACCAUCAGCAACAUGUGUCCAGAAUAUGGGGCUACUCUCGCCUUUUUUCCUGUCGACAUCAACACCUUGCAGUACCUCACACUAACUGGUCAGUGUUCUCGGUUUGCAGAAGAGGGUGGGGUCUCGAAUAGCAUCUGCCGGGAUUACCAGUUACGAGAUUUGGGUACUUUCACUGCCGCAGGAAGAAAAGAAGCCAUCGGUCGGAUCGAAGCUUACCUGAAAACAGUGAAGAUGUACCGCCAAUAUGAAGAUGCGGCUCAAGACCCAGUCUUCUCGAAGGUGGUGGAGUUGGACUUGGGAAACGUGGUACCAUCCGUAAGUGGGCCAAAAAGACCACAAGACCGAAUUUCGGUAGAUGAGCUGAAGCAAGAGUUCCUCUCGAACCUAACCAACAAGGUGAGUCGAAGAAUUGAGAAUCGC